UCAAAAUCCAAUCGCAUUUCAACACGAAAAGAUAACUAAAAUAAAGUUGAUUUGAACGAGUGAAGUGUACGCUGUAUAUAGUCAAGAUGAAAGCGUGGCGCGUAUAUCUGCUGAUGUCUCUGCUUCUUGCUGUUGCUUUCGCAGCAAAAAAGACCGUUGACGAAGAUGAAGACGAUGACGAGGAAGAUGGGAAAGUAGAAGACGACGAGGAGGAGGUAGAGCGAAAAGAAAAAGACAAGUUUAAGAAGAAAAAUAUCCGAGACUAUGAUGAAGCGGACUUGGAAAGACUCUAUGAUCAAUGGGAGGAGGAUGAGGAGCCUCUACCAGAGGACGAGCUGCCAGAGUGGAAGAGGAAACAGAAAGGCAUCGACAUGUCGAAGCUAGACAUGAGCAACCCUGAAAAGUUGAUGCAGCAGACCAAGAAGGGGAAGUCUCUCAUGAUGUUUGCCACUGUCGCAGGCAACCCGACAGAGAAGGAAACGGAGAAGAUCACCGGUUUGUGGCACAGCAGCAUGUUCAACGCCAACAUGGAGAUGCAACGGUAUGCGGGGGGCAGCAACCGUGUGUUGUUCAUGGUGUCGUCGGACGGGCAAAGCAUGGGGAAGGACUUCCUGGUGCAACAGGACAACUGUGAGGAGGUGACCAUCGAAGGGACAGAACUACCCCCCGGGAAGGGGCCCCCAAGAAGGCCGACGACAAAAAGAAGGUAUCUCCAUAAGAAGACAGAGAAGAAGAAGAAAAAGGACCUUAUCUGUGAAGAUGAUCCAUCACCUUGGCAGCGGUGA